CGCUAUCGAUGUUCCGACAAAAUGGCGACGAAGUAGAAGAAGACAGCUGCAGAAAUUAGAUACGAAUUUAUUGUUUUCCUCCGCAAAUUGUUAUUGCAAUUACACCUAAUUACAAGUCGUGCACUUGGCCGCUGCUGCACUUGUCGAACUGAUAACCGUGAAAGUGAAACGUGCCCAGCAACUGCAGCGUGAAGCGAGAGGCAAAGAGGAGCGGAAAAACAAGGAGGAGCUAGCCGAGAAGGCAGCAACAAAGAAGCCCGACUCACACACACACCCAUAUAGCGAUAUAGAAACGGACACGGAGAGAGACUGCAGCUGCGGGCUCAUACAAUUGAGGAACUUCGAUCGCGAGAGAGACUGCGACUGUGACUGCGACUACGGCCAAUCGAAAGCAGACGCCAAAUGACGGAAUACAAACUGGUCGUGGUUGGUGCCGGCGGCGUGGGCAAAUCGGCACUAACCAUCCAGCUAAUCCAGAACCAUUUCGUGGACGAGUAUGAUCCCACAAUCGAGGACUCCUACCGCAAGCAAGUGGUUAUAGAUGGAGAGACUUGCCUGCUGGAUAUCCUGGACACCGCCGGCCAAGAGGAGUAUUCCGCCAUGCGGGAUCAGUAUAUGCGCACCGGUGAGGGAUUUUUACUGGUCUUUGCCGUGAACAGUGCGAAGUCCUUUGAAGACAUCGGCACUUAUCGCGAGCAGAUCAAGCGGGUUAAGGACGCAGAGGAGGUGCCCAUGGUGCUGGUGGGUAACAAAUGUGAUCUGGCCUCGUGGAACGUGAACAACGAGCAGGCAAGAGAGGUGGCCAAACAAUACGGCAUUCCAUACAUUGAGACAUCCGCGAAGACGCGCAUGGGCGUGGACGAUGCAUUUUACACACUGGUGCGCGAGAUCCGCAAAGACAAGGACAACAAGGGACGGAGGGGCCGCAAAAUGAACAAGCCGAAUCGUAGAUUUAAAUGUAAAAUGCUGUAAACGGCCUUGCAUUGGUUUUAUUCACUUUUUAUUUCCUCAAAUGUCGCCUGUUUGUCUGUAUGUGUGGCGGCGGAUCGGAUCGCGGAUCGUGAAUCGUUUCGGGAUCGAAAUGUUUGCCCAUUUUGGACUCUCUGCUCCACGCACACUUACGAAGCGAACUCACACACACAAACACACGAGCACACAGAUGUGGGAGCGUGUCAGUCGGUGCAAUUGUCAGAUAAAAAGAAAGAAAUUGUAAUUAAUUUAAGUAACUAGAGUUUUAUGUACGUCGAAAUGAUUUUGUGACUGUGUGUUUUGUGUCGUUUGAAAGGUUGCGUGGCGCCCUUUUAAGAGUAUUAACAAUAACAAACAAAAACGAACGAAGCAAAACGAAAAUUAA